CCCCUAAAAAUUAGCAAAAUGGCAUUUUUUUUCUCAUUUCACGCAACAAAUAAUUUUUUUGUUUUGCCGCAGAUUAUGUUAGAAAAUAAGUGAUGUCAUAACAAAGUACAAUUGGUGACACAAAAAACAAGCCCCUAUAUGGGUCUGUAGGUGCAAAAUGUAACACGUUAUGAUUUUUAGAAGAUGAGGAGGAAAAAAACGAAGAUUGUUUGGAGUCCUUAAUGAGUUAAUAUUCGACCAGGGAAAAGAGCGUACAACCGAGCCACCUUAGUGCGCAGCAUAGCGUGCCAUACGUAAGCUGACAGGUGAGGUAUUCCUAGUUAUCUCUGACUGGAUCUUGGCAAUAAUAACAACACAAGUCCUCCAUGGACCAUGUGAAUGUAGUUAUCAGGUACAGCAGGUGGCGGGUGUGCCUUUGGCUGUCUGACCAUGCUGGGAGUAGUAGUUUUGCAACAGCUGGAGGCACCCUGAGCCAGGAAUAUGUGGUAUAGAUACACCUCCUCUCCGCAGUAGUAGUUGUGUAGCCAUGAGUCAUGUGUUGUCAUUCAUGAGCAGGUGAUCUCUACACCCACACAGCCCCGUCUCUCCAGCGAUGAGAUUAGUGGCCGCGCUCCCGCACACAAUGGGAUUAGGCAAGUCCUCCUAUAAAUAGUAGUGUUUAGCAUCUCUGUGCCAAACAACUCUGACCGCGUCGCCGCCUUGAUGACGUCACGCUGAAAUCUCCGCUGACACGCUCCUCCUGACCUUGUGCCCCAGCCAAUGGGAGGAGCGCUUCACUCGGCAGGGGGCGUGGCUGGUGAUGUGUCUGGGUGGGACCCUGUUCCCUGUGAGAUGCGGAAGUUGGCCCCCAGCAGUGAGGCGGGUGGACCGGAAGACGCUGUGAGAAGCGGGGAUGUCCGGCUGGGGCAGCGAAGUGCCCGGUAUCCCGGGAGCCCUGCGGAGCUGAGGACGCAGCAGAGACCAGCCUGACACCGUGUCCUGUUCCGGCUCCAGCUAUGAGGCUGGGGGAGAGUUGGCGGUGAGCCAUAUCAAUAAAAUCUAAGAUCCAGAUUCAGAACAGGAUGUGGCUAUCAAAUCUGCGCAAGAAAGAGCGGAUAUAGUUGCCAAAUAUGACAAGGGCCGAGAUGGGGCAAAUAUUGAACCUUGGGAGGAUGCGGAUUAUCUUGUUUACAAGGUCACCGAUAGAUUUGGCUUUCUCCAUGAUGAAGAACUACCUGUACAUGAUGGAGCUUUAGACAGGCAAAAGUUUCUAGAAAUUGAGAGAACCUCCAAAUGGCUGAAAAUGUUGAAAAGCUGGGACAAGUACAAGAACUCAGAAAAGCUUCACAGAAGAAUUUACAAAGGCAUUCCCCUUCAGCUGCGAGGUCAAGUAUGGUCUCUAAUACUGGAAGUCCCAAAAUUAAAAGAUGAGAGAAAAGAUCUUUAUACGGUUCUGAAACGAAAAGCAAGAAGCCUUUCACCUGAUAUCCGACAGAUUGAUCUAGAUGUGAACCGAACAUUUCGAGACCACAUAAUGUUUAGAGAUCGAUAUGGUGUAAAACAACAGGCUUUAUUUCAUGUGUUAGCAGCAUAUUCAUUGUAUAAUACGGAGGUUGGAUACUGUCAGGGCAUGAGCCAGAUUACUGCAUUACUUCUCAUGUACAUGAAUGAAGAAGAUGCCUUUUGGGCCCUUGUAAAACUGUUCUCGGGGCCUAAACAUACAUUGCAUGGCUUUUUUGUCCCAGGUUUUCCAAAACUAUUAAGGUUUCAGGAGCAUCAUGAUAAAAUAAUAAAGAAAUUUAUGCCUAAACUUAAACAGCACUUUGAAACUCAGGAACUCUUUACAAGUCUAUAUACCAUGAAAUGGUUUUUCCAGUGCUUCCUGGAUCGGACUCCUUUCACACUAAACCUGAGGAUAUGGGACAUUUACAUACUUGAAGGUGACCGAAUUCUUACUGCAAUGUCCUACACAAUUUUGAAGCUGCAUAAAAAAUACUUAAUGAAGCUGACUAUGGAAGAUCUAAUAGAGUUCCUGCAGGAGAGCCUUGCUAAGAAUUUUGGUUAUGAGGAUGACUAUGUGAUUGAUCAACUUCAACUCUCAAUGACCGAGCUAAGGCGAGCAAAGCUUGAUCUCCCCCCUCCAGGCAAAGAUGAAGAACAGCCUAAAAAACCUCUUGGUCAAGUUCCUUCUGAACCUGAUCAGAUACUUGCAAAUCAUGUUAUGAAUGGACAAAAAAGUACCAGCAAGCUUCCAAACCAAAUGAAACCUGAAAAGGUUCCUUCUCCAAGUAAAGCACAGCAAGCUUUCCCAACUGAGAAGAGGAGAAAGAAUUCAAUUGAGAAGUCAGCUUUGAAAUCCACAAAGAGAGAAUCUGGGGAAAUUCGUACUGAACAGUUUAAGAUGGAUGGACAUGAUAAAAACUUUCCACAGCCUGUUACUCCAACUCAGGACAAAGUUAAGUACUAUGACCAUGCUGCCGCUAACCAAAAUUCUAAUGCAACUUCUAGUUCAUCAAAGGGAAUUGCUCCGAAAUGGAAUUUGCCAUCAGAAUCCAAAAAUAAAGAGCUUCUGCUAAAGCAUAUACAUGAUGGAAGGGGUAACCCGCCAGAAUAUAGAGUUACAAGUCAGUCUGAAUCUCAGGGCUUGGGAGUGAAGCAGAAAAAUAGAGUAUUUGAUGCAGGCGGUAAGAGAGGAUCCAAUGCAUCACAGUAUGAUAAUGUUUCUGGUGGAGAAAAUGAGAUUGACAAUCAUGUUGAAGAUUCUAGGCAUCAGUCAGAUUUGUCUGACAGAAAUGUGAUGUAUUUUAACAGCACUUCAUCACGUUUUCUUUCAAAAGGAUUCAGUCCACCAACAGCAGCGGAUAGUUAUUCAGCUAUUGGUAUGCAAUCACGCUCUCCAGGACGUUCAACACCAUUUCAGGGUAAUGAUGAUGGCUACAGUGUAAAGCAACCACCUCCUUCCUACAGUGACCCCCCACUUUAUCAAGAUAAUACAAAAUACUCAAUGAAUAGACUCAGAGAGCACCAUUCACCAAACUGGAUUGGUCCAUCAAAUAGAUCCUAUGGACACAGUUUUGAUAUUCCUUCAGAUAAAAUUCCUAUGAACUCUUCUACUAGGCAGCAUUCAGUUAUGUCACCUACCAACAGAAUUGAAGUUCUCCCUGCAGAAGAGAAUGCAACUCUACGCUUAGGCAAUUUUAAUCAGAAGGAAAACCACAGAUAUGCGAUACCACCAAUAGAUUACCAUGUGGAACACAGCUUUUUUCCUGAAGUGUCUUUUGGGACCUUUGGGCAACCAUUAAAUCAAGAGGCAUCAAGAAGUUAUUUGUCUAAUCUGCAGAAAUCUCCAGGAUCACACCAACCCUCAAGCCCAGUAACCAAUUUUUCCUCUUUAUCUGUUAAUAGUCCAGUAAGGCUUAGAACUUCGCCACGCAAUGAGCAAGUAACUCCACCACGGUAUCUGCAUUCAAAACCUGGAGUUAAUGCACCGCACUUUCGAAAUCCCCGUGAUGGAGUAAUAAUGCACGAGUCUGUGAUGCUGUGAACAGUUUAUUGCUCAUGGUUCUUGUGGGAUCAGGUUGCUUUAUUUUCACAAGCAACAUUUCAAGCACGAACUUGAACCGCUUAGUCAUCUGGAAUGCAACAUACCUUAACACAUACAAAAACGUUCAAAAAAGUUGGUCUAGACAUACCAACUAGGUGUUACAGCCAGAAUCUUAGAAUAUUCUAUAUGUAGCCUUUUAUGUACAUAUUUGUCCUGAGAUAUUUAUUAACUCUUUAGCUACAUAACGUUAGUGCCUCUAUAGCUGAUUUUGGAUCAAAGUAAUUUAAAAGAUUUUAGGUGAUACCACCAAUGUUUAAGGUGAAAAUUAUGUAAAGGUAUUCUUUUAAUCUAAGAGUACAUUUGGGUUUUCUUCCUAGGAUAUUAAUGUAUUCAGAACUUCUGGAAGUGACUGUUACCUGAUUGUAAAUGCAUCACCUUCUACAGUACAUCUGUAUACUUAUUCAGCAAAGAGUCAGUUAAGACGUGCCUAUUACAUAUGUUCUUUAUCUAACUUUUUGAUAAGUUAAGGCUAAUGAGAGUUUUAAUUUAGCUCCAUUUAAAUUUUAUUUUUGUGUUGAAAUACUGGAGAUAUGAGUUUGCUUGGGUCAUGUUGGUCCUGCAGACAGUACAUGAACGUAUUAGAAGGUUUAAUACGUGGGGUGGCUAACAAUAACAAGACCCUGUCUUUUGAUGUUGAUUCAGUACAUGGGAAAAACUUUUCUUAGUACAGUACUUCAACAUUGAGCAGCAGCUGCUAUAGAUUCUGCCUAGGUUGUAUUAGGCUGUCUUCCAACAACUCUAGCCUACUCGCGCUGUAAAAUGCUUUAUUGUAUCCAUUUGACACUACGCACUUUACCAAUAUUGAUUUUGAAAGUGCUGUACCAGCUGUGAGAUGUAGGUGUUGAGUGCAUCUCAUGCAAAACAAAAGCUAGUGCAAUUAGGUCAGAAUGUCCAAAUUAAAGUCACAGAAACCCCAUAUUAUCAUUGAGUACAUUUUCCAAAAGUCCUUUGUAUGGCAUAGCAAAGCCUUCUUAAUAGUGAAUUUUAUUUAAACUUUUUAGUAUGUGCCUAUUGAGGUAACACACAGCACUUCUUUGCAUUACUGUAAAUGGAUUUAGUUAUGUUGGGUUGUUUUAAACCUUGAGGGCCAGAACGCAUGUGGCAGAAAUAUUGUGUUCCGUGCAGAUUUUGCUUGGACUUCCCUGUGGAUAUUACCCCUGCUGCAUUGCAAGUGGUGAAAUCCACAUAGAUAAUCCACAACGAGUAUGCAGCAUGCUCUGAAUUUGAAAAUCUACCAUGCUCAUACUUCCAGGUGUAAAAUUCAGCAGCCUCAUCUACUUUCUUGCAACAUAAAUCUACAGCAGAAUUUACCUGCACAGAUCUGCUGGUAAAAUCUGAAGUGAUUCUGUCCCAUGUGGAUUCGCCCUUAUUAUUCUCUUCUAGGUAAGGUCGCAAAGUUUCUCUGCAAGCAGAGAUACAAGACUUGGUAUAGCCUAGAAAUCUUUUAUUCACAGGUGAACAUGCUCCUUAAUAAGUCUAUACUGUUGCUGCAAUACUGUGUGUGGUGCCUUCUUUGUUUGACCGAUACCUCUUGUCCAUCUAUGAUGUUCCACACUGUAUUUAGUGCAUAUUUACUCUUCCUGUUACUGACAUAAUGCAUUGUAUUUCCUCCAGAUAUAUAGUACUUGCAAUGUUUACAUUAUCUCAGUUGAGUUGAAUUGUUUUUCUUUAUAAGUCUUUCCUAUAACUACUUUUCUAUGCAUUCUUUGUUUCUCUUCCACACACCAUUCCGCUUAAUAGGUAAACAUGAGGGGGCUUUUAACCCCUUAAGGUCCAGGGGUUUUUCCGUUUUUGCAGUUUAAUUUUUUCCUCCUUACCUUUAAAAUAUCAUAACUCUUUCAAUUUUGCACCUAAAAAUCCAUAUGAUGGCUUAUUUUUUGCACCUCCAAUUCUACUUUGUAAUGGCAUCAGUCAUUUUACCCAAAAAUCUACGAUGAAACGGAAAAAAAUAAUUGUGCGACAAAAUUGAAAAAAAAAACCACCAUUUUGUAACUUUUGGGGGCUUCCGUUUCUACGAAGUGCAUUUUUCGGUAAAAAUGACACCUUAUCUUUAUUCUAUAAGUCCAUAAGAUUAAAAUGAUACCCUACUUAUAUAGGUUUGAUUUUGUCGUACUUCUGGAAAAAAUCAUAACUAUAAGCAGGAAAAUGUAUACAUUUAAAAUUGUCAUCUUCUGACCCCUAUAACUUUUAUUUUUUCGCCUACGGGGCAGUAUGAGGGCUCAUUUUUUGCUCCGUGAUCUGAUGUUUUUAGCGGUACCAUUUUUGUAUUGAUCAGACUUUUUAUCGCUUUUUAUUCAUUUUUUCAUGAUAUAAAAAGUGACCAAAAUUACACUAUUUUGGACUUUGGAAUUUUUUGGCGCUUGCGCGUACGCCAUUGAUCGUGCGGUUUAAUUAACGAUAUAUUUUUUAUAAUUCGGACAUUACCACAUGCGGCGAUACCACAAAUGUUUAUUUUUAUUUACACUUUUUUUUUUAUUAUUGGAAAAGGGGGGUGAUUUUAUUAGGGAAGGAGUUGAAUGAUCUUUAUUCCAAAUUUUUUUCACUUUUUUUUUUUUGUUUUGUAAUAUAGCUUCCAUAGGGGGCUAUAACACUACACACACUGAUCUUUUACAUUGAUCAAUGGUUUCUUAUAGGAAACCAUUGAUUGAUGAUUCUGCUGCUUGACUGCUCAUGCCUGGAUCUCAGGCACUGAGCAGUCAUUCGGCGAUCGGGCACCAGGAGGCAGGUAAGGGGACCCUCCUGCUGUCCCACAGCUGUUCGGGAUGCCACGAUUUCACUGUGGCGAUCCCGAACAGCUCCCUGAGCUAACCGGCAUUGGUUUUCUUUCACUUUAGAUGCGGCAUUCAACUUUGAAUGCCGCGUCUAAAGGAUUAAUAGCGCGCAGCACCGUGAUAAGUGCCGUGCGCGAUUAGCCACGUGUCCGACCCGCUAUGAUGCGUUAUAGUAAGGUAGAGGACUGGUCCUUUAAGGGGUUAAAGCCAAAGCAAGGAGUGGAUGAUAAAGAAAUAGGAAAAAUUCUGUCUUUUUUUUCCUUCUAAUCCCCGUCUAUUUUGUAAAAAAAAAAAAAAAAAAAACUGCAUCGAAACGACAGUCUGAUUUUAUUAUUUUACAUUUUUUUUUUUUAUUUCAUCCAUGCUUUCAGCUGAAUCUCUCCCCGCCUUCAGUAAUCAUGCACUCUGCUUCAACAGCAUGUGUCUUUCACUAUGUGCCUUGGCUUUUAAUGGCUUAAUCUCUGCUGUUUUAUCAUUACACUAUCACACCUUUUAUGAAGCAAUGCAUUGUGUGCUGAAAUGACACGAAUAGUUAAGAGAAGGCAAAUCAAUUUGAAUUGUCUGCUUUAUUUCCCUGUGCUGGGUUGAGUGGGUUUUUACCUACUGCUUAUUGACACUUUUUUUUUUUCUCGUGCUUUCUUUAACUGUUCCAGAAAAAGAGUAUAAUUUUAGUCAUUUAAGUUUUCACGUGGCAGCCUCACAUACCAAAGUAGUACUGCACCAUGGCAUUGGCAUGUUUCCUUGCAGGGAACAUACAGUACAAUACCAUAAUUACAUAAAGUGUUAAUGUUGUUUUAUGCUCCAUAAGUAUUUAAGGUGGAUCAGAAACGUUGUAUUUUUAUGUUUUCAAGUUUUAAGGUACAGUUGUAAUAAAUUUUACAGGAAGAUAAAACUAGCUAGAUGUGCAGUAGUAAUAUCUGCAGUGAGUAGUCUGUGUAUAUGGCUGAUCAUAACAUUAAAAGUGUUAACAGAUAGCUGAGCACUACAUUGCAACAAAUGACAAAAUUCCUUUUUCUUUUCUGUAAUCAUUGUUAGUUUUCUGUGUUACUGAUUAUUUCCAGAGAUACAGAAAUGAUCUUUAAUACAGUGUACAGAAAUCUGACUGUAAUGAUACUCAUCCUAAUUGCAGGCCUGUGAUUCCUAAUCGAGCUGUACAAUAUACUGUGCUGAGCUGGUAACUCUGCUCCUAAAAAUGUAUCAGCGAUGGUAAAUAUUGUAGAUUUAAUGUAUAAAUAUAUACACACUAUUUUCAUAUGUCAUCCGCUACAGUUUUUAACUGUUCUUUUUAAUGUGACUGCAUUUUUUAAUAUGUUAAAGAUUAAUAUUAUUAAGUA